AUGGCAGGCAGAGCACCGAAACCAUGCCCCAUGCAUGGCGCACCUCGUCCGACCCACAUUGACUACGACCAUCGAGAACUUUACCUCCAGAUCUGCCAUCCGGAAACCGAUGGUGCCGUCCACUGGUUGAUAUUUAUGGUGUGUCCAGGUGCCAGUCGAGGCACUCGGCUCCAUAGCACUGGCUGUCAAGGUCAGCGUAGAUUGUCGAUGGAGCUCGACAAGCAAUUUGACAGUCGCUCAGUCAAGACUUCACACUAUCUUGGUAAGAUCCACGUGAGAGACAGCAUCAUUGUCCCAAAAGAGGCCGAGAAGAUCCCACUGCAGAGUUGCCAACUGUGGGCUUGCUACUUGAUUCUGCGCCUUGAGCUUAAGGGGCUACUUCAGGCCGGAUUAUUCGACCUUUACAUGUACUCUUACAAGCAUCGGAUGAAUGAGAACUAUGGCCCCGGGGAAGGUAUUCAAUUGCCAUGCCGCUGUGUUCGCAGGCAUUAA